AAGACAUGUACGGAGGGACCGACAACACUCGAUCUCGUUCACAUAUCAGCAUUAACAGAAUAGCAUUGCUCCUAGUCAUCUUCGUGGGUAUUCUACUUCUGGUAAUAGUGAGUCUGACCAUCGCCGUUGUUGUGUUAAUCGACAAUAGAUACACAGCUCCGACCACAUCCGCCUCUUCAAGCAUUAGCGCUACCCCGAACACAACUACCCUUCCAACCUCAACUACCACUAAAUAUACGACAGCGAUUCCAGCCAUGGCAACUACCACGUUUGUUCCACCAAUACUUAUGAUCAAUGACGUCACCUCUGUUAUAUACCAAUCUGUGGAGAUGUCAUGCGUUGUCAGUAAUCUCCCAACCAACUGGACUUCAUUGGUUGUUUCCUCUGACGUCAGAGGUCCGAUUGCUACAUUUCCUUACAAAGGAACUGUUGUAGAACACGCGUCAGGUACAUUCGGUGCCACUGGGUCCAAAUCUGAAACCAGUGCGUCCCUGAACAUAACCAUGGAUAACCAAGCAUCUCAUUGCACUGACAAGGGUACAUUUACUUGUACUCUGGUAACGCCAGGACACGAAAACUACACAGAUACGGCUCGUCUCGAUAUUACAGCACAUCCUACAAGUACAAUUUCCGAUUCAUCGCCAUACAGCGAAGGUGCAGAGAGCACCAUCUCCUGUGUGGGUGUCCUCCCAGCCGGAACCGGAAGUUUAUCUCUACAGAUAAAGCCAGCUGGGGGAACAGUUUUCACGGAAUUCAACACUGUGACUCCCACUAUCACAGACGGAGGCGUGACGACAAAUUGUACAGUAACGCGAACUGUGACAUACACAUUCACCCCUACAUUACAGUUUAAUGGAACCGAGGCCAAAUGUGUCGCGAACAACUCAGCACUGACCGGGUCAUCAGCCAAUUCUGCUACAAUAUUGAUAGUCGUGAAUCAAGCAGACAUAGCAUUCAAUGCGUAUGACAGGAAGGAGGAAGUUGGUAGUUCAAAUAUCGUUAUUGGUUGUUACGUACGCAGCGCGCAAGGCUGGACAAACGUUAAGAUGACAAGAAAAACAACAGGUUCUUCGUCUGCGACAACUAUUUUUAGCCUGGACAAAAGUGGAACUCCAAGUCAACCUUUGGCUCCUCGUGGAUCUUACGUUCACACGGAAGAUGAUUCGUCACUCUCUGUUUCCAUAACGCUGUCUAUUCUGGACUGUGUGGAUCGUGGAGAAUACACGUGUACAGCUACUGGGGCUUCCAGUCCACUUACUACCAACAUGACGUUUGCAAUAUAUAAGAAUCCUGAGACUCCAAUACUGACGUUACAUCCGGAUCAAAUUGAAAACCUGAUGUUUCAAAGAGGUGGAUUCGAGCACCAGUGUUUGGCAGAGGUUGGUUUUCCUUCCGCCGGUAACCUCACAGUCGUUUACAAAAUGAAAGGACAGUCGACAUUUGUGCCAUUCAAGAGUGUCCGAAUUAUACAGUAUGACACAAACACGAUGAAAACUAGCUGUGGGACGACAAAAUAUUUCAAAUUUGGCCUCAAUUUUACGUCAGCAGACAAAGGCGGAGAAGUUAAAUGUGUUGCUACCAACCAAGAAUUGGGAGUUACCACCGAGUCGGCCGUUGGUACACUAGAGCUGAUUCCGAGGCAAUACUGCAACACAACCGAUGCCCCAAAGCAUUUACACCAUCCGACAAACUGUAACAAGUAUGUACAGUGUCAGGGAAGAUAUCCGUAUGGUAAUCAGUGCCCUAAUGCAGACCAGUGUGCCGAUAUCACAACGGACAAUGUUGUAUGCAAGAGUUGUGAAGGAGUUGUAUGCCCUUGGAACAUCACAACAACAACACCAGGACCAACAACCACAACGCUGCCACCACCUUCGUCCCAGAUCAUCAACUGCACCGAUGAGACAGUUUUCAUAGGGGACCCUGUUACUCUUACUUGCAACAUGACGGCAGCCUUCGACUAUAUCAACAUUACAAAAGCAACUCGAAAUAUUGCUGAUGUCAUUUCCGGUGGAAAUGUUGUCAAUCGCAAUGUGAAGACUGGGGAACAGGUUGUGUUCAGUCAAUCCUCCCUCAAAAUUUCCUACGACAGUGCAGAAUGUGAUGAUGGAGGGCAGUUUACUAUAGAUGUCAGCAACACUGGCGGGAGUACCGAAUCACAAGCAGUGACACUUACUAUUUGGGCUAAACCACAUUCGGUGUCCAUGACACCGACUCCAGAUUUUAUUGCAAACAUUGACCGACUAGGAUCGGAGCAUGUUUGUGAAGGAUACGUGGGCUAUCCUGGUGGUCAGCUGGAAGUCACAAUGACCAAACCUGGAGAUACCACUGUUUAUUCCGUACCAUUGGCAGACUAUGACGGAACUCGGUCCGGAGGAGAAACAAUAACGUUUGAAAACUGUAACAACAAAGCGAGACUAGAAUUUGGACUGAAAUUAGGACUUGAAUGGCAAAAUGGGACCAUCACAUGUAGGGCAAAGAACGGUAAUGUGUUACAGGCAGGUGAUAAAGAGCAGAAUGAUUCAGCCAUCAUACAAAUACUACCAUCUGACUUUUGUAAUGGUGAAUCUGACAAUACGUUCAAAGCAAAUCCCUACAACUGUAACAAUUAUGUCCAGUGCUUUGGUGGUCAAUCUUACGGAAGAGGUUGUGGAGUGGACUGUUUUACUGGCUUGCAGGUGGCUCCCCUUUGUGGUGACUGUCAGACAUAUCCCUGUAGCAUCACGCCGACAACAAGUGAGUUAAUCUUCCAAUUGUAUUGUCUUUAUGGUACAUUAUACAUUGGCCUCAUUGAGUUUUAAAUCAU